AAGAGAGGUAGAGAGGAAAGCGAAAUUCGAAACAUCACCAUGAAAAAAGAUUGCAUAAAACGUUCAAACUAGAAAGAUAAAAUUCUCUAAAAAUGUGCAAUGUGAAGCUGGUGAAGCUCGUAUUUUCCUUUUUUCAGCGAUAAAUAAUUCGAGAUUUUGAAUUUUUCACAAGCUUAUUCGUCUCGGAUCGAAACAACUUCAUUCGAUAAAAUUGAAAUUUAGAAAUUUUGCCAAAAUAUGCUGAUAUUUAACGUUUCCUUCCUCUUCCUCGCUCAUCGUUUUUUCACGUACCUAAUUUCCAACUAUUCCAACAUGCUAGGCUAGGUAUCGUAAACAUCGUAGGAUUAUCGAUCCAAUAGUGAAUUCUACGAGUAAUUCGCCGGAUGAGAUGCGAGUAUAGAGUGGACAAAAACGUGAAAUGUAAUCUGAUUGUUUUUUCAAACUGUAACUAUGCCAGAAGUAGAACUAGCCCCAGAAAAAUUUGUUGGAGAUACCCAUCCGUGUUUUUUCAUAGCUGAAGUGGGACAGAAUCAUCAAGGCAGUUUGGAAAUCGCUAAAAAACUAAUCGAUGCAGCUCAUGAGGCUGGAGCGAAUUGCGUCAAAUUUCAAAAAACCAGUCUCAGCGAUAAAUUCACUAAAUCUGCCUUGGAAAGACCUUACGAUAGUGAACAUUCUUGGGGGAAUACUUACGGAGAACAUAAACUUUACUUGGAAUUCUCACUCGAUGAUUUCAUUGAACUGAAGUCGUACGCUGAGAAACGAAAUCUUCUAUUUACAGCAUCAGCUAAAGAUAUACCUUCUUUGGAUUUUUUGGUCGAUUUGGAUGUUCCUUUUAUUAAAAUAGGAUCGGGCGAUUCUGAUGAUUUCUUACUUCUGGAAAAAGCUUCCAAAUGCGGAAAACCAUUGAUCAUUUCAACGGGUAUGCAAAAUAUGAACACAGUUCGUCAAGUUUAUAACACAGUUAAAAGUCAUCAUGAUGGUUUCGUCUUAUUACACUGUGUUUCUUCUUAUCCAACUGACCCAGUCGACGUAAAUUUACGAGUUAUUCAACAAUAUAAAAAAGAAUUUCAAGACAUAGUUGUGGGAUAUUCAGGCCAUGAACUAGGAACCAUUAUUUCUGUCGCAGCCGUCACAUUAGGAGCAAAAGUUAUCGAGAGACAUAUAACGCUGGAUAAAAAUCAAAAAGGUAGCGAUCACUUGUGCUCCCUAUUGCCUCAAGAAUUCAAGCAAAUGGUCACAGACAUAAGAACAAUUGAGUCAGCUCUUGGAUCCAGAAAUAAAGAAUUUUUACCUUGCGAACGAAAAUGUUUUGAAAAACUAGGAAAAAGUAUUGUGGCUGCGAAAGAUUUACUCCCAGGGGAUAUAAUUUCUAAAAAUGAUGUAUGUAUGAAAGUCAGUGUUCCUAAUGGAAUACCCGCGAAAGAUCUCAAUUCAGUGCUAGAAUCAGAAAUUACAGAGACAGUGCAUUAUGAUCAACCAAUUUUAAAAAAUCACCUAAAAAUAUAAGAUUUUU